GCUACUAUAAGGACAGGCUCCAGUGUAUCCCCUGCCACAGUUCUUGUAAGACAUGUGAAGGACGACACAGCAUGCAAUGCCUCUCCUGCCAACCAGGCUGGUUCCAGCUGGGAAAGGAGUGCCUGCCCCAGUGCAGGGAAGGAUAUUACGCAGAAAACUCCACUGGGCGGUGCGAGAGGUGCCACAAGACCUGCAAGACAUGCCGGGGUCCGAGGCCCACAGAUUGCCUGUCCUGUGAUCCAUUUUUCUUCCUGCUCCGCUCCCAGGGAGAGUGUCAUCCCACCUGCCCAGAGCAUUACUAUGCAGACCAAGAAACGCAGGCGUGUGAGAGAUGCCACCCGAUCUGUGACAAAUGCAAAGGAAAAGGAGAAUUGAACUGCCUAUCUUGUGCGUGGAACUACCACCUGAAGGGAGGAAUCUGCUCUUCGGACUGUCAUGCAGGGAAAUACAGAGUGGGAAAGGGGGACAAAUUUAACUGUGAACAAUGCCACAAAAGUUGCACAGAAUGCAAGGGACCUGGUGCCAACAACUGCACUGUGUGCCCUGCCCACCUGUUGCUGCACAUGGAUGAUAGCCGCUGCCUACACUGCUGCAAUUCCUCGGAUCCCAGAGAUACCCAGGAGUGCUGUGACUGCCAAAAAAGGACAGAUGAAUGCUUCCUUCGAGAAAGUGAAACUGGGCCUGCUGCUGAGCAUUUCAAGACAGCUCUGUUCAUCACCUCCUCAGUCAUACUGGCGCUUCUCUUAGGGGCAGCUGUGAUAGUCUGGAGGAAAUCUCGGGGCCGAGCCCCAGUAGCACAGAAGGGUGGCUAUGAAAAGCUGGCUGAUCCUAGCAGGUCUUACUCCUCCUAUAAGAGCAGUCAUCUCCAGAGCACCAGCUUUGAAGAGGCUCAGAUGAUGGAGUACAGAGACCGGGACGAUGAGGAUGAGGAUGACGAGGAUGAUAUUGUCUACAUGGGCCAAGAUGGCACAGUCUACCGGAAAUUUAAGUAUGGGCUGCUGGAUGAUGAUGAAGUUGAGCUAGAAUACGACGAUGAGAGCUAUUCCUACGAGUGAACAGAGGCAACAGAGGCCUCACCCCAGUUCACUCACGGGAUUGUGUGUGAGCAUUAGUUUGGCAUUUAAUCCCCACACACCAGACUGAUAUGGGGGGGGGGGGUGUUGUAUUAAUCUUUAAACCACCAGUCCAACUAGAGUAUGUGAGAAUACUGAAAUACAUUGUUCUUCUUUUGAAUGACUAAACUCAAUAAAACAUAAUUGUUCAACCAUAAUUGAAGAACAAGGAUAAAAUUCAGAGGGAUUGUCCUCAAAACAGUAUGUUAAGAUACAAAACACAGGAAGUAAAAAACAAGUGAAAUUUGUACAAACUGGUUUAUGUGAUUAAAAAAA